GGGGUGAGGCAGUGAGAGAGAAACCGAAAGCAACUUUAAUCUGACGCCGUUACAAACAGAGGGAAGAGUUCAGACAUCAGCGCUUUGGAUUCACUCGGACUGGAGAUCCUGAUAAAGACGGAGCUGAACUUUUCUACCUGAAGACUCUGAAAGACUCUGGAAGACUCUGAACUCUGACCUCAGAAUCAGGAAUGAUGUUUCUCUGUGUGAUGCUACUGAUUUUCUCUGGUUUUAUGGAGACCACAUCAGAGAACUUUAAAGUAGUUGGUCCAGCUGCUCCUCUUGUUGUUGAGGCUGGUGAAGAUGUGGUUCUGCCCUGUUCUCUCCAACCCAGCAUCAGUGCUGUGGAUAUGAUGGUGGAGUGGAUCAGACCAGAUUUGAGUGAUAAUAGAUUAGUUCAUCUGUAUAAAGACCAUAAAGACACAAAUGAUAAACAGAUUAAGUCAUACAGAGGAAGAACAGCUCUGUUUAAAGAAGAGCUGCAGAAAGGAAACACCUCACUGAAACUCUCAGCAGUGCAGCCUUCUGAUGAAGGAGUUUAUCAGUGUGCCAUUAAAUCAGAGUCCUGGUUUGAUGACAUUGCUGUUCAUGUUGAAGUCAAAACACUUUUAAAAGUAGUUGGUCCAGCUGCUUCUCUUGUUGUCAAAGCUGGUGAAGAUCUGGUUCUACCCUGUUCUCUCGAGCCCAGGAUCAGUGCUGAAGAUAUGAUGGUGGAGUGGAUCAGACUGUACCUGGAUGAGAGAUUAGUGCAUCUGUAUGUAGAUUAUGAAGACAGAAAUCAGAGGCAGAUGGAGUCUUAUAGAGGAAGAACAAGCUUAUUUAAGGAAGAACUUAAAAAAGGAAACACUUCAGUCAAACUCUCAGCAGUCCAGCCUUCUGAUGAGGGAUUUUAUCAGUGUUACAUUCGGUAUGGGGACUGGGAUGAUGAGGUUAAGGUCUAUGUUGAAGUUAAAGUGUCUUACUAG